AUGUCACCCUCUUUCAAUUCACUUACCAGCUGCUUAUGGCCGACGGAGCAGUCCUACUCUCGCUUAUCUCAAUCUGAAUCAGGCGAACCUGGCGAGUCUCUUGCCCUUGCCAAUAAUGCUACUUCCCAAAGCCGUCCGCCUACAAAUAGAGCUUCCCAAUUGUUUGAAAACGGAUUCAGAAAUGGCCACCCCCCAAAAUCUUGGCGCGUCAUCCUCAGUUUCGCGUCAAAUACCGAUGACAUCGGGAAGGAGGGAUUCAAGCCUGACCUAAACGGGGGCUGGGAUGCCGCACUUGACAUUGUCACUACGGACAUUGUCGGAUUGAUGAAGGAAGGACUGUACGUGUCCCAGGAUGAUGUGGAGGUGCAUGAGAACUAUAUUACCUGGACCGACAACACCGAAGGUCGGCAAAGGGUCUACUAUCGUCAUUACACCCUUGUUCAUUCCAAGUGGUCCGGCAAACUGGUAGUGCAGUUCAGAAGACUUGAUAACGUACCGAAAUUCCGUGUAGAGCAUCUAUCAGCGGAACAAGUUUAUCACGCCUCUGCUGCCGCCACGAUUGAGUUUGACAAUAGGGUCUACUAUUAUGAGGCAGGUCCGCCGCGAGAUAGAAUGAAUUUUAUCUUGGAUGACGAGCCCCUGCCAGGACUGUGGCCAUGGCCGAAGCAGGAGCUCAACAACAGAAGAGAGAGUGAAGAGAGCUUUGAUAUGGUAGAGAUGUGA